AUGGACCACGUGAAUGUGAAAAUCAACCUGGCCCAUCGGAAAUUUGAAGAGCUACGAAAAUCAGGCGGAAGUCUGAGAGACUUUGACGAGCUCCGAAAGGCCGUCGCAAAGCUGAAAUUGCAAAUCCCUUCGCACGGGAAAAUCCGUUCUGCGGAUUCCAACCCAAAUCGUAACCGGUGGCCGAAUAUAAACGAGGCCGAGGAUGGAAUGACGCACUUCUUCUACAAGGCGCCUGAGGUCGAGCACGCCGGUGAUUUUGAUGGCCUACUAUUGGAAGCUUUCCGUGAACUCCCCCUGCCAUUGCGGAUGUGUUUGUUAUGUUUCUUCAAGUUCCCACCAGCGGUAACUAUAAAGAGAACGACGAUGAUUUACCUGUGGAUAGGGCAGCGAUAUACUUAUUGGCGUCUGUGGGGUACUGGUAGAAAAGAGUGGAAAGAAGAACUUCCACUAGAAGAGGAUGUUGGCAACAAGAUCAUUGAUGAGCUUAUUGCAAAGGGCUUCAUUGAGCCUGUCUACCAAAAUUGCUCCUUGGUGCCAGACAGUUGCAGGAUGAGCCUUUCUGUUCGUUCUACUUUAUACAAAAAGGCUGAACAUAGAGGAUUUACUUCAAAUGAUACUCUUGAUUUGGAUCGUGGAUUUGUUUGUGGCGGUCAAUAUGGGCACUCAUGUUUGAUCAAUGUCGGCGAGGCCAUUAUUCAUUGCGGGCCUGAAAUAUUUGAGAAUAUGAAUAAUGUCCAAAGUCUUUAUCUUGGAAGGUGGCAGAGCUUAGCUACACACCACAUUGAACUAGCAGACGUCAAAAUUCUCCUUGGACUGAAGAAGCUGAAUAGAUUAACUUUUCUAAGCCUCCGAGGAAUUUCUAUGAUUACAGAGCUCCCUGCAUUCAUUGUAGAGCUCAACGAUUUGAAGAUCUUAGAUCUCCGUGCUUGUCAUAAUCUUGAGGUGAUUCCUGACAAUGUAGGUUUGCUCGAGAAUUUGACACACUUGGACAUGUCUGAGUGUUACUUUUUAGAACACAUGCCCGAGAGUCUUGCUCAACUAUCAAACCUCCAAGUCCUCAAGGGAUUCUUCAUUGGAGAAUUCAACAACAACAAACAAUCAUGUACUCUUCACAAUUUGUCAAGAUUGUUGAAGUUGAGGAAACUUAACAUCUAUGUAAGUGUGAAAGACUUUCCCAGACUGUGGGACUUUGAUGAUUUAAAAAAUUUUGAAGGACUGCAAAAGUUGACAAUAUCAUGGGGAGGAUGCUCUUUACAAGGUGAAAGCCUGAGGCUCAAAAAAAUUCUAGAGAACCCUAGUCUUGGAGAAUCAAGAAGAAAAAUAAUAGCAGAUAGUCAAGCCACCGUAGCAGCAUUCUUUGCUACUCGAGCACAAGGCCCUCUGGCACUUCCUCCUAGAUUGGAGAAACUAGACCUUCAGUGUUUCCCUACGGUGAGUCUAACCAAUUGGUUGAGGCCUGCCGUAAUGAAGGGACUAAAGAAACUAUACAUUAGAGGAGGGCAACUAUGUGAUCUAGGCCAAUCAGGGAACAGCCAAGGGGAGCACUGGAACGUGGAGAUAUUGCGUUUGAAGUACUUGGAGGAAUUAGAGAUAGAUUGGAGAGAACUGAGGAUAUUAUUUCCCAAAUUAAUUUACUUGCACCAGGUAGAAUGCCCCAAGCUUACUAACUUCUGGUGUGAUCAGAGGGGCGUGUGGAUGGAUGUCAAGGCCAUUGAUACUCACGUACAGCUGCAGAAUUACCUCAGAUUCAGUGGCAUGAUUGGCUCGAGUUCUAUGCAGGGCUCUGGUUCAACCUCAGCUCAUAAUGAUUGUAACAUUUGUCCAGUAGAUGAGAAACGGCUUUAG